UGUCACCAAACGCGGGUGACUAUCAGCUUGACGUAAUGUUGGACAUACGUGCGAAUAUAUUACAGCACAUGCCACGUCAUAUUAUUAAUGACCGCACGUUUGUUUCAGUAAUUUUGCUCGGUUUAUCUGUAGAAUAGUGCCGACUGUCGUGGAAUGAACGGGAAUCAUGUGCAACAAGAUAUUGCCGUACUUCGUAUCUGGAACUGUCAUUAGAGGCUUCGGUAGAGGUUCCAAGGCACUCGGCAUUCCGACAGCUAAUCUCCCAGAACCCGUGGUUAACGCCUUAUCAAAAGAUUUAGAUAAUGGAAUUUAUUACGGUUGGGCCUCUUUGCGUGGAGAAGUUCAUAAAAUGGUAGCAAGCAUAGGAUGGAAUCCUUAUUAUAAGAAUGAGAAGAAAUCCAUGGAAGUGCACAUACUACAUAAAUUUCAAAAUGACUUUUAUGGUGAAGAACUUAAGGUGAUUAUUGCUGGAUAUAUACGACCUGAAAGAGAUUUCUCUUCCCUAGAGGAACUUAUCAAAGAGAUAAAGAAUGACAUAGCAAUUACGGAACAACAAUUAGAAGAGCCUGUUGCAAAUAAAUUAAAAAACGACGAUUUUUUAACGACUAAGAUAAAUAAUUAAUAAGAUAAAUGGCUUUAAAAAA